AUGUUACCUCGCUCUGAUGAUGACCGUCAUAUGACGGACGUAAGCUUAGCACGUUUUUACCGGAAUCGAAGGAGAUUGCCUCGGAAACAGCUUCAGCAUGAAUAUUCCAGUAAAGCCAAUCGACAGCUGGUUAAGAUGAAUUCGCCGUCGUCUUCUGGUGGAACCGACCUUCGAAUAUAUUCAACCUAGCGAGUCGAGCAAAGCCUUCUGCAGCUCAAACCGUGGCAGCUCAAGUUAGCUCAGGUCAGCGUAUCGAUCGGCCAUUCUGUCACGCGUGUUCAAUCCUGCCUUUUGUGCCUGGUUCUCUCGCAUGUCUACACUCCAAUGGGACCAGAAGUGACCAGCCACGGCCAAUUCGAGUCACCUAUUCAUCACUCUCAGUCUCUCGACUCCCUACCAGAUGCGGCCUGA